CUUAUUAUUUUAUCAGUUCUGGUAUUGUUUACAUUUGUUCUUGGAAAUGCAGCCAAUAGCAUCAUAGCUCUACUAAAUGUCGUUGACUGGGUUAAGACACAAAAGAUCUCCUCAGCUGACCAAAUUCUCACUGCUCUGGUGGUCUCCAGAAUUAGUUUAUUCUGGGACACAUUAGUGUAUUGGUAUACAACUGUGUCUAAUUUCACUUUAUUUAGUUUAGAAGUAGGAAUUGUUGCUUCUAAUGUCUCGACAAUAAGCAAACAUUUCAGAAUCUGGUUGCUACUAGCCUCAGCAUAUUUUGUUUGCCCAAGAUUUGACAAUUUCUGCAACCUUAUUUUUCUCCACCUAAAGAAGAGGAUUAAGAAUGUUGUUCUGGUGAUACCGUUGGGGCCCUUGGAAUUUUCGAUUCAUAAUCUUACUGUGGUAACCACGGAUGAGAGUGUGUGGACAAAAGAAUAUGAAGGAAAUUUGUCUUGGAAGAUCAAAUUGAGAAAUGCAAUACACCUUUCAAACAUGGCUGUACCCACACUAGCAAACUUCACACCCUUCACUCUGACACUAAUAUCUUUUCUGCUGCUAAUCUGUUCUCCGUGUAAACAUCUCAAGAAGAUGCAGCUCCAUGGCAAAGGAUCUCAAGAUCUCAGCACCAAGGUCCACAUAAAAACUUUCCAAACUGUGAUCUCCUUCCUCAUGUUAUUUGGCAUUUACUUUCUGUGUCUAAUCACAUCAACUUGGAAUACUAGGACACAGCAGAGCAAACUUGUGUUCCUGAUUUGCCAGACUCUUGCAGUCAUGUAUCCUUCCUUCCACUCAUUAAUCCUGAUUCUGGGUAACAGGAAGCCAAAACAGACCUUUCUUUUCAUUUUGGGGCCAGUGACAUGCUGAGUGAAAUAACAGAAACCCUCAACUCCGUAG